ACUGGGUACCAUGACUAUACUAGAAAAGCUAUGGUGGAUUUAGGGGCCAGAACUACUAAUUUUAAAGGUCUUGCUGUAACUGGUUAUUUUUACUGUGAUUAUGUCACUAGUCAGUCUAAACACGAUAUUACGCAGUUAUCUAUGGCGGACAUCCGGGAUCUUUGCAAAAAAGAUCUACCAAAAAGUAUUGAUGAUUUCAACUACUACAUGAACAUGUCAAAGGCAAACAAUUUAAAGUUAUUGAUGUACGAAGGAGGGCCUCACUUAGAGAGUUCACGAAAUAAUAACGCCACUGACUAUGCUAUAGCUUUCAACAGACACGAUCUGGCAGGGGACGCCACUCUAGAUGUUCUUGAAGCUUGGUAUGGUGUUGUGGUGUCAGACCAGUAUAACAAACAUCCGGGAGGUUUAUUCAACUAUUUUUCGUCUGUUUAUUCUUAUUCCAAAUAUGGUAGUUGGGGUGUGAUAGAGUACACUGGUCAAGACCCACACACGUCUCCAAAAUAUCUCGCCCUUCACAGAUACAUAAAUCGCCACUUUAACAAUCACAAUAUGGGACAAACCUGUAGUUUCGUUUCUCAGAACAACAUAGUAUAUGGCUGUUAUAAAAAUAGGAACGGGCAAUUUUAUUGUGGUCAGUCAACAGACCACGGAACCAGCUGGAAGAACUACCCCACACUCUCGACAAAUACUAGUGCUCUUAUCUUAGAUGGAUUUGACGUCAUGACUGGUGUCAUUUUUGUUCGAAAUGUCGACGAAGUUGCCGCAAACAUAUUUUACAAAUUGGACACCACAAAAAUGCAAGUCCAGUGGGAAAGUCAAAACGUCUCGGACUACUACCGGCAAGUGUCGCCGUCAACAGUAAAUCGUAAGAUGACGAACGGUGUUUACCGUGGCGUUGAUAUAAGUAAUUUUAUCUGUUAAUAUACCUGUAAAUUACUGACAAUGAAAUAAAAUAAAAAUAUUCA